CGGAGCGACGUCGAGCGCGGGGAGGGAGCGAGCGGAGCGUCGGUGUGAAGGAGGUGAGUCCGUAGGCAGCAACAGAGGAGGGACUCGAGCAGCGCCGACUCGCUCAGCAGCUGCCGGACAGGCGCUGUCCGCUCAGCACCAGGCGCCACCGCAGUCACCUUGCAGGGAAAGUCACCAACCUGCCGUGGACUCGACGCGCUGGACCAACCUGUGGAUUUGUUGCGUUGACGCGUGGGGGGGGGGGUGUGUGUGUGAGCGAUGGCCCGCGUUUGUCCUUUUUAUCUCGACAUCUUGGAUUUACUGGCGAUGUGACGUCCGCUCCUAAUGUGAUGCCAUUGGCUGCAGUCGUUUUGGCUUUCGACUCGAUCCCCUGCGGUGAGCGCGGCGGCCCUGGGCGUCGGUGAUCCUCUGGUUCCGUGGCACAAAACGCAGGCUUUAGAGGGAACGCAGCCUGAUGCGCGUCAAGCAGCCCUCAUUUCUUCAUAGGUGCCGAGACCCGACAGGCUGCUUUGGGCGCAGUGUCCUUAUAUAAUUGUUUCCUCCAGCCCCAAAACACCGCUGUGCAUGGUUGCACGGGGCGCCUGGACCCACCUGCGAUGAAGGGAACGUAUUGGAGCAAUGCCUAGGGGACGCAAUGGGCCUGAGCGACGACAAGGAUCGCAUUGUGAUAAACGUGGGAGGGAUCAGACAUCAGACAUACCGCAGCACCCUGCGCACCCUACCUGGCACGCGCCUGUCCUGGCUGGCGGAGCCUGACGCGCCCAACCACUUUGACUAUGAUGCCAAGAUCGAGGAAUUCUUCUUCGACCGCCACCCCGGCGUGUUCGCGCACAUCCUCAACUAUUACAGGACAGGUAAGCUGCACUGCCCGGCGGACGUGUGCGGACCGCUCUACGAGGAGGAACUCGCCUUCUGGGGCAUCGAUGAGACGGACGUGGAGCCGUGCUGCUGGAUGACCUAUCGCCAGCACCGGGACGCCGAGGAGGCCCUUGAUAGUUUCGGCGGGGGGGGCCUGUUGGACCUGGCGAGUGACGACCCGGAGCCGGAGCCGGAGCACGCGGAGGAUGAGGCGGAUGAAAUGACGAGGAGGCUGGCGCAGGGCGACUCUCCCGACGCCAGGAGCGGAAGCCUGUGGAGCCGCUGGCAGAAGCGUGUCUGGGCCCUGUUCGAGGACCCGUACUCCUCCAAAUAUGCAAGGUGGAUCGCUCUGGCCUCGCUGUUCUUCAUCCUGGUGUCCAUCACCACCUUCUGUCUGGAGACCCACGAGGCCUUCAACCCCAUCAUCAACCGCACGUACAUCGAGGAGGUGGACGUGAACAUCACGGUGGUGAACACCUACCAAGAGACCGAGACCGCGGCCUACCUCACCUACAUCGAGGGCGUGUGUGUGGUGUGGUUCACGUUUGAGUUCCUGAUGCGAAUAACUUUCUGCCCCAAUAAGUUCGACUUCAUCCGCAACGCCCUGAACAUCAUCGACUUCGUGGCCAUCCUGCCCUUCUACCUGGAGGUGGGCCUCAGCGGCCUCUCCUCCAAGGCAGCGAAGGACGUGCUGGGUUUUCUGAGGGUGGUCCGCUUCGUGCGGAUCCUGCGCAUCUUCAAGCUGACGCGUCACUUCGUGGGGCUGCGGGUGCUGGGCCACACGCUGAGGGCCAGCACCAACGAGUUCCUGCUCCUCAUCAUCUUCCUCGCCCUCGGCGUCCUCAUCUUUGCUACGAUGAUCUACUAUGCUGAGCGGAUCGGCGCCAACCCCAACGACCCCCGAGCCAGCGAGCACACACACUUCAAGAACAUCCCGAUCGGAUUCUGGUGGGCGGUGGUGACCAUGACGACCCUCGGCUACGGCGACAUGUACCCUCAGACGACCUCCGGCAUGCUGGUGGGAGCCUUGUGCGCCCUGGCAGGCGUGCUGACCAUCGCCAUGCCCGUUCCUGUGAUUGUUAACAACUUUGGAAUGUAUUACUCUCUGGCCAUGGCAAAGCAGAAACUACCAAAGAAAAAGAACAGGCACAUCCCUCGGGCUCCCCAGCCGGGCUCUCCCAACUUCUGUAAGUCGAGCAUCAGCUCCCAGCACCCGAGCCCCAUCGCCCACGACGACGUGUUCGAGAUAAAGUUCCAAGAUUCCAAGCUAAAUGGUGAGGCAGCUAACGCAGCUCUGGCCAAUGAAGAUUGCCCUCAUAUAGACCAGGCCAUAUCUCCAGAGGAAAUCUUCAGCCCCAGCGAGAGAGAGCGGCCCUGCUUCCUGGUCACCACUGCCGAACGCCCCAACCACACAGGGGGCAGAGUGAGGAGGGGUUAUGAAAAGCCUUGGAGCCUUAACAGCAUGUCUGGCAUGAGCGGGGAUGCCUCUGGAGUGUCCUCAGUGUCCGCCCUGCCCUGCAGCCCACCCUGUCUAAUGCAGCACUCACAUUCUCCCAUCCCAUCCAUUAUGUAGCAUGGUUGAGUAGCAGACCAAUGCCAUUGGAAGGCCAGUCCACACUCCUCCUUCUAAUCUCUCCUGUCAGAUUUUGUUAUUACACACACCUUCGCUCCUGCUUUGUUUUGUUUUCCUUUCAUUUUGAUUUCUUUACUUUUAUGGGAAACUGUAUCUUACCUGUGCUAAUACUCAAGCUUCCCAAGUGUCCUGCUUGGGUGUGUCAUCAUAUCCUAGACUAGAAAGCACAUGCCACUCUGCAUGGGUCACCUCAGCUGCAGACAAAGCACGGUUCUACUUCUACCACAGGCUAAACUCCACUCUCUUCCUGCGUUGACAUCAUUGCCUGUUGCUCUGUUGCUUUUGAUCUCUCAUGUUCUUCUGCCAAUAACUUUUAUCUCAUCUGCUUUUACAAUUCUGUGAUUGAGUUUUUUUUUCAUGAGAUGUAACCCCUGCUAAGAGUACGCUGGACAUUAACGAUCCACGGCUUUAACAUAUCUAAGAGGUACCAAUGCCAGCUGUUAAGGAAACCCCUCUCAAGUGCUUUGUGCGUUGCAAAGUAGAGACGUUACCAGUGUGAAAGUGCAAUCCAGACAAGACUAAAUGUUUUUUGAGUGGCCAUUUAAAAAAAAAAAUAUUUGAACACGGUGUUCAUGAUGUCCAAUGCAAUAUGGAGAUGAUGACCGUUCCUAUUAUACUAGUGAUGAAUACAUCUAAUGUCAACAGAUCUAAAACUGUUUGUUCAUUUGCAUGAACUGCAUGAAAAAUUUCUGUUCAACAAGAAGCUGUAUCGCAGUACCUGUAAGAAAAACAACAUUUCCUUUAGAAGCUUCUGAAGCUUGGUCGUUUUUUAUGCAUUUUGAGACAGCUUUACAAGAGACUCAGUCAUAGCAGAGAUUUUUAUGUAGCCGCCAUUCUUUGCCUUUCCCCAAAUUCAUGUUUCUUUCCCUGUAUUUAUUUGACUCGGGCCUCCAGUUAAAAUAGUGUGACUCAACUUGAACAAGCCAGCUAAUGCUGUUAUGAGCAUAAGGCAUUUUUAUAAGAAUAUAUUUAGUGAUAGUUUUUAAAACAGUAGUCUGCAGCAACGUCUACUAGUGCUGUGGCGCCUAAAUGAAGGUGCAGCUCAUCAAGUAAGAAACAACGGUGCCUUCGUGCCUGGUGAGUAGUAAAUUGGCAUGAUACUCCGGGACGUCAGUGCUCCCAGUGUAGCAUCAGAACCUUUUACCGUGCUCAUAAGAAUUUAACAGAACCUUUAUUUUAUAUUGGUUGCACCAGCCUCGUACAGUCAAUCAUUUAUUAUUGGUAGGACACGCAACUCCUGAACGUCCCCGAAUCAAAAUUAAGAAAUGGUAAAGCACAAAAUAAUAAAGGGAAUCUCUAUAGAGCCUCUAUAUAUUCAAUUCUAAUUAACCAGAGGUGUCACACCGACUCUAGUAUGUAUGUUUACUAAUUGAAAACAUCAAUACUGUUCUAUGUAUUGAUAAUAUCCCACCAAUUAUGCACAAUCCUUCAGGGCACUUUAACAAAUUUCAUGUUGACUAAUCAGAAGUGUAGAAAAUUUAAGUAUAGCAACUCAUCGACAUUUUGUUUUUAUUCUGAACAAGCAGAGUUCUACAUUCUGAGUCAUGUCUCUUGUGGUAAUUAAUGAACGUUAUAUAUUAAAAAAAAAUAAUUGUCAAGACUUGAUGUGAAGGGAUGCAGGUGAAAUAUAUGCUCAUGCAAUUCAAGUGGGAAAAAAAAGUACAAUAUGACGCAGCAUGGGAUGUGGGUCUACUUGGGGAAAGGUAAAUGCAUGUAUUUUACAUUUAUGCAACAGAAAAGUAUUCAAAUAAAAUGUGUAAAUAUAAGUCCUUGCAUGAAAUAAAUUUUGUACACAACGA